CCAUUUCAGAUGAAACUUACUGAGAAACGAAACCUAAAAGCCCACUAGCUUUCAAGGGAGUGGCAGCAGAGUCAAACGACAGAGUGCAAUGGCAGCGUCUGGUCAGAAUCCCUUUAGCUGUGCAAUGUGUCUGGAUACAUGGAGGGAUCCAGUGACUAUUCCAUGUGGACACAAUUACUGCAUGCGCUGCAUUAGUGCCUGCUGGGACAAAGAAGAUGAGAAGGGUGUGUACAGCUGCCCUCUGUGCAGCCAGUCGUUCAGCCCAAGGCCUCCUCUGAGUAAGAACACAGUGUUGGCUGAGCUGGUGGGGAAUAUGAAGGUUCAGAUUGUGACCAGUGUGCCGUCUGUUGUGUGCUAUGCUGAACCUGGAGAUGUGGCGUGUGAUUUCUGCACUGGAAGAAAACUAAAGGCUGACCAAUCCUGCCUUGUGUGCCUGGCCUCCAUGUGUGAGACGCACCUCCAGCCUCACCUGGACGUUCCAGCAUUGAGGAAGCACAAGCUAGUCAAGGCCAGGGCUGGGCUGCAAGACAGGCUCUGUGCUAAACACGACAAGCCCCUCGAGGUGUUUUGCUGCACCGACCAGACCUGCAUCUGCAUGUUGUGCACAAUGGACGACCACAAAGGUCACGAGACCACUUCAGUUGCAGCAGAGAGAACUCAUAAACAGAAUCAGGUGAUGGAGACAAGGAGUAAUUUCCAGCAGAACCUCCAGGAAACAGAGACAACCCUUCAAAAGCUGAGAGAAACGAUGGCUCAUCACAAGACAAUGUCAGAAGAGACACUGGCACACAGUGAGAAGACCUUCACCGAACUGAUACAGUAUUUAGAAGGGAAGCGUUCUGAGGUGAGAGAGCUGAUCUCGGCCCAGCAGAAGCAGGCUGGCCUGAAUGCUGAGGAGAUGGUCCAGGAGCUGGAGCAGAGGAGCACUGAACUGAAGAGAGGAGAUGCUGAGCUGGCAGAGCUGUGUCAUGAGGAGGAUCAUGUCUGGUUUGUGCAGAGGUUCCACACCUUCAAAAACUCUCCUGCGCUUAAGGCUUCACCCAUCAUGAUUCUUGAUGUGUCAAAGUAUUUUGAAGACCUUCGCCAAUCUCUUUCUGCUUUGAGGCAAACAGUUGAGAAGGCUUGUGAUGUGGACAUGGUGAAAAUAUCAGCAAAAGUUAAAGAAACUGAGAUUGUAAGGCAAUUACCAGCGAGAGAAGAUCUCCUCAAAUAUUCCUGUUGGCUGUCACUUGAUGGAAACACGGCCUACAGAGACCUGAUACUCUCUGAAUUGAAUACAAAAGUUAUGGCAACAGAACACAGACGUGGAAUUGGAGGUGGAGGUUUCAGUUUUGGUACGCCAUCUUCUUCACUUUUUGUUGGUGCACCUGCACCUGCACCUGCACCUGCAGCUGGACUUUUUGGCUUAAGUUCUCAAGCUUCAACUGGUCGAUCUCAGCCAUUUUAUGACCGUCAAGUGUUGUGUGUGCAAGGAUUGUCUGGACAGAGUUACUGGGAGGUAACAAGGAGUAAUGCGAAAGGGGUUGCUAUUGCUGUAGCAUACAGAGACAUCUGCAGCACAAGUCGUUUUGGAUACGAUGAUAAGUCGUGGAGUUUGUCCUGUUCAUCUGAAGGGUGCUCCUUCUGGCACCAUGGGAACAAGACUGACGUCAUUGGUCUCAUUCCUGGAAAUAGAAUUGGAGUCCACCUUGAUCACAAAGAAGGAACUUUGUCCUUCUAUGAUGUCUCUGGCAUGAUUACCUUUCUCCACAGAGUAUGCACCAAAUUCACAGAGCCGCUGUAUCCUGGAUUUUGGUUAGAGGAAGGGGCGUGUUUGAAAAUUAUGAACGAAGGUGUCAACCCAAAUGAUUUGUUUGGGUCACCACCACAUAGUGUGUUUGGUCAGGCCCAUGGAUUGGGGUUCUAAACAGACUUUGGAGCACCCAUGUCUAUUGACAAUGGUUGAUAUAAUAUACUGUAUAUAUACCAUCUAUUCAUAUUGCAUAACUCUAAAUAGAUUUUUCUGUGGUGAAUGCAAUGUGUCAUGGUUGUCAUUUCAUUAUGGGCUACUCUCCACCAUCUUAAAUGUUUACAAGAAAUGUCUUUCUCAAAAUGUUUUUUUUUUGCACACCAUAUGGUGUCAUUUACAUUGUCAUUUUUCGAAAAUGUGUUUAUAAUGUUGCAGUAUAUUGGUUUAGGUGCAAUUUUGUCCUCAAA